UACUUCCGGUAUUUAGUGUAGUUACGUUACGCUCGUGUAUUGUUUACGCUGGCAUGUAGUUUAGUAUGAAUCUACGGAUGUGAACAAUGUAAUAUUUAUUUAGACGGGCUAAAUGCGUCUAAUUGUAUAGAGACGUUUAUAAUUCGAAUCGUACACUAUGUUUAUAACGGUGCGGGUAGUACGAGUUCCGAAAGAGUUAUGAUUUUAUUGUAAGGUUUCCGAUGCUGGAGUCGUGGGUUAGGGGAUUCGAACCUGUCCAAACCACUCCCUCGUGACUCACAUUUCGAACUGGACAAAGUCAAGUCAUUUGAAUGUUGCGACAUGGAUUGUGGAAACUUUGCCCAGUAGUACUCGAUCAGGAUUUACCUCGCCAGUUCAGAGGUGUAAAAUUAAAAGAAUCAGAUAUGGGAAAUGUGUUCUGUAACAACCUGGAAAUCCCUCCACCCAAGGGCCCAAAUGCUGCAGGAUGUACUGACUUUAUGAUGGAUCACACAGUGCAGGGCAGCUUCUUCCGCCUUUACUAUCCUUGCCAGAAGACGGACAAAUCAGAGUUGCCAAACUGGAUUCCGAGCAUAGAGUACUUUAACGGACUGGCAGACUUUAUGAAAAUCAACAGGACUUUUGGUGAAAGAAUAUUCAACUUCCUCUUUGGGUCAUUUAAGAUUCCAGCCUACUUGGACGCUCCAUUUAGUGCAAAUGAAAAAUGCCCAGUAGUGAUCUUCUCACAUGGUUUGGGGGCCUUCAGGACUUUGUAUUCUUGUAUAUGUACAGAACUCGCCUCUCAAGGCUUCAUUGUGGCCUCUGUGGAACACAGAGACCAAUCUGCUUCAGCCACAUUUACUUUACAACAAAAGUACGAAAUGGAGACAACCAAUGAAAAUUCCUUGAAAACUUCCCUCACAGACACCCUGGUGAGGGAGUGGAUGUACUACAGGAGUCUGCAACAAGGGGAGCAAGAAUUCCCCCUCAGAUAUCAGCAAGUACAACAGAGGGCUGAUGAAUGCGUCCGCGCACUUCAGAAACUUGCAGACAUAAACUCAGGGCUUCCGAUGGAAAAUGUUUUGCAUACACAAUUUGACUGGAAGACCUUGGAGAACUCAAUGGAUCUUGGCAGAGUAGCUAUAAUGGGCCAUUCCUUUGGGGGAGCGACCGUCAUCGAAACUCUAGCCAGAGAGGCAAAAUUCAAGUGUGCUGUCGCGCUGGAUGCCUGGAUGUUCCCGUUAAAAGAUGAAAUCUUCCCCCAAGUGAAUCAGCCCAUCUUUUUUAUCAACUCUGAGAAGUUCCACUGGCCAGCGAACAUUAAGCGUAUCAAAAAGUUGGACUCGUCAGACAUCGAGAGAAAAAUGAUGACCAUCAGAGGGUCAGUGCACCAGUCUUUCCCAGACUUCACCUUUCUGGCAGGAAAUUUGAUCGGCAAGUUGAUGAAGCUCAGAGGGGACAUCGACCCAGCAAUUGGGAUCGACCUCUCAAACAAAGCAUCGCUCGCAUUUCUGCAACGGCACCUGGGUUUGAAAAAGAACUUUAAUCAGUGGGACCAUCUGAUUGAAGGGAAUGACGAAAACCUCAUUCCAGGAACUAAUGUCACUUUGCUUCAGUCAGCCAUCUGACAUUAAGCCACUGUGAACACUUGAUAUGACCCCACAAUGUUAAGCAAAGUAACAUUUUAAGAACAUUUCUUUAUGAACAUAACUGACCUCUUCAAAGUAUUAUUUAUCUCUUUAAAUUCACCAGCAUUUUAAUUUAAAAAAAAAAAAAAUCAAAAUA